GGCAAGUAACCCCUUCUUUGAUGCACAGGAAAAGCUGGUUCAACGAACGCUACUUCCGAAUACUACUGCAAAUCCCCUCGCCGGCUUAUACUCUAUCACUGCACCUCCUGUAGAAUCUACCACCAAUCCGCCCCCGACCAGCAAUGCUCGAUCCCUACGAUCUCUCACUCGAACGUCUCCUGCGGUGGCGGAGGGGCGCCUUCGCGUCAUUUUCAUGCAGUCGUCUAUUUAUUCCCGAGGUUCGUAUCUAGCGAAUGAAAGCGGCGAGGAUGGCACCGGUGUAGCAGCUUUCCCCUACCUUCCGACUCAGAUUUGCACUCAUACUUCCGCUCCUGUGGUGCUCAAGACUGUCCAAUUAUAUCCUCAGCCAUACCUGUACACCUGUCCUGCUUCCGAGUACGUAUGUUAUUUCGUUUUAUGUGCCAUCUGCUGUUUCCAUGUUGUGUCGCGUACGGGCCAGGGGUGCACGCCGAUCUGGCAUCGACACCCACUUGGUCAUUCCUUUCAUGUGUUGCCUUGUGUAUGUUUUUCUCGCACCUUGAUUGAUAAUGGAAUGUGCGUUUUCCUUGUGCCAGUAUGUCCUUCCACUUGCCUUUUUUUCAAUUUCACCCUUCGUUCCGUCUUACGUACUACCAGAAUGCAUGCAAACACAUCUGGUGAACCAGGUACCACAUUGUACGGCCUCUGAACGGUUUCACACCAUCACAGGGCAGGAAGAGACGCAUACAUUGGAAACCGUGCUGUGCCAAGCAAUGUAACAAGUAUAUACAGUAU